AUGAACCCACCUUCCUGGACUGCAGGCCGUGUUUAUGGCUUCCCGCUCGCAGGCGGUCCCUUCAAGUGCUCGCAAGGCCCAGGGGGAAAGCUGACCCACUUCGCACAUGCCUCCACCUACCACGCUGUGGAUUUGGACUGUCCCGUGGGCACGGCGGUAGUUGCGAUGGCUGACGGUACCAUCACGGAGAUCCGCGACGGCGAAACUGCGUCAGGCGUUGACGUUCGAAACUUCUUCCGGUGGAACCAGAUCACCGUGAAACAGGUUGAUGGGACAUUUGCUGAGUAUGUGCACAUCAAGGCAGCAACAUCCACCUUGAAGCCUGGAGACCAGGUACGACAAGGGCAGGAAAUCGCCCAAAGUGGUGAUGUCGGCUUCUGCCCAUCUCCGCACCUCCAUGUUGAAGUGCAUGUGCGCGAGGGCCACGACGCCGACUCAGUGCCGUUCGCUUUUCUCGGUUCUGAG